CAAAAACAAAAAACUCUUCACAACAAAAGAUGGCGGCGGGCGGUGGUGGCGCUCUCUCUUACUUUCUCAAUUUCUCCUAAAACAGUUCAUCCCAAUCGCGGAAAGACUGCAAGUCUGCAACCCAAGAAGAAAAAAAUGGCGAACGCUUCACAUCUCGAGAGUAUGGGUAAAGAACUCAAGUGUCCCAUCUGUUUGAGUCUAUUGAAUAAGGCUGUCUCUCUCACCUGCAAUCAUGUGUUUUGCUGUUGCUGUAUUGAGGAAUCUAUGAAAGCAUCGUCCUAUUGUCCAGUGUGUAAAGUUCCUUUUCGUCGUAGAGAAAUUCGACCUGCUCCUCAUAUGGAUAACUUAGUCAACAUUUACAAGAGUAUGGAAGCUGCUUCAGGAGUUAACAUAUUUCUCACGCAAGUAGCUCCUCCAAUGAGAUCGUCAGAUAUUGAGAACCAUCCUGAUGGUGGUAGAAGUUGUGAAUUGCAAGACAACAGACAAACUAGCACUGGUUUAUCAGCUUCAGAAAGGAAGAAGAGAAAUGCAGCAAGGGCAUUAAAAGAAUCUGACUCGAUCCCUGUAAAGCCUUCCUUUCCUGCUAAAAAAAGGGUCCACGUCCCACAUGACACGCCUUCAGAUUCGAGGUUUGCUAAGUUAAUAGAUGAACCUCGUACAAGUACUGGAGGCAGACGAGUUGAUAAGCCUGUUCUCGAACAAAUGGAAGAACCUCUGUUUGCUCCUUUUUUCUGGCUGAAAGAUGAUAACUCCCCUAAAACUACUCAACAAUCGUCUGGGGACCAAAUCUUUGAAACACCCCCUGAUGUUCCCUGCUUCAGUGACAUCAAGGACUCUGAUGACGAGUUUCCCUGUGAUUUGUCACCAGAAGUAGGGAAAUGCUACCCAGAUGGCGAAAAAGACAUGUUUGAUAGUGAAAUGUUUGAAUGGACACAAAGACCUUGUUCUCCGGAACUUUGUUCAAGUCCAGAGCAAAGAGAGUCUGAAGAUGAUACUGAGUGUCUAAAACAAGUUGAGGAUGGGUCUGUUUCACGCACUGAAAGUAUAAUCUUGGAAAGUGGGCCCGCUAAAGGAUCCAUAAUGAACAAUGCAGCUGACAAAAAAGAUCCCAAUUUUCCCAUUCCAUGUUUUCCAAAGAAUAAAACUGAUAAUAAAAAAGCUGGGGUGUCUGGAAAGAGAAGUAACAAGGCUGUAGUAAGAAAACAAAGAAAACGUGCGUGGAAGAUUUCAGCUGAUGCAUCAGAAGUUCCCAACGAGUUGGAAAAUUUGGGUGAAGAAAUACUGGAAAAGUCUGGCAAUGGUGAGGAGUCAAGUGUAUUAAAGAAAGGGUCUAAAAGUGAGGAAAAUAUUCUGACUGAUACUUAUCUUAUGAGGACCAAAGGAAAUCUGUCCAGUUCAUGUGAUGGGGAAAAUAUUUCGGCUCAAGAUAAAAGCAGAAUAGUUAUUGAUUUGCCAGUUCAGAAGAAAUGUAGAAAGAGAAGUACUUCUAAGAAUAUUGGCCAAACAAGGGGGAGCACUUAUUCAGUGUGCAAGAGUAGUUGUGCCACUGAAGGUAAAAGUUUGAAGGCUGCCAACAAGAGCAUGGAUCUUCAUCAAUCUGAGAUUCGGCUGACAUAUGUGCGUGAAAAGUCGCCUUGUGAUGAGGCUGAAUGUUUUGAUAUGGGGAGGACACUUAAAAGGUGCAAAGCUAACCACAGUGAAAAAAUGGCAACCUCAAAGUCUGUGAGAUUUAGUGAGGAGAAUAAUGCGUAUUAUCAUAACACCAAAAGAAAGUUGGCUUCAGAAGAAGUGAAAAAAUCUGGAGUAGUUCUAGAGAGUUUCAACGAGGGAAAUAUGGUCAACUCAUCAGGAGCAGAGGCUUCUCCUCGUUCAUUUGGUGACAGAGACAAGAAUUUUUGUGCUUUUUGUCAUAGUACAGAAUGUUCUGAGGUUUCAGGGGUCAUGCUUCAUUAUCUCAACGGCAAGCCGGUUGCAGGCGAUCACAUUAAAGGACCAAAUGUCAUACAUUGUCAUAAGAAUUGCACAGAAUGGGCUCCUAAUGUGUUUUUUGAAGAGGAUAAUGCAAUUAAUCUAGAAGCAGAACUGAGAAGAAGUCUAAAAAUAAAGUGUGGGUUAUGUGGAAACAGAGGCGCUGCUCUUGGAUGUUUUGAACGGACUUGCCGCAAGAGCUUUCACAUUCCUUGUGCAAAAAUGACUUCUCAGUUUCGCUGGGAUCACGAAAACUUUGUGUUGUUAUGCCCCCUUCAUGCCUCUAGUAAGCUUCCAUGUGAAAUGCCUGCAAAUCAUUCUACCCAGAAGAAAUUAUCCACAAAACGAGAUUCGCGCAUCAAGAAAGUGCAGACAGCCAAAGAUGCAGUUAAGGAAAAUCUACAGUGGAAGUCAUGCAAAAAUGCCAGGGACUACGUUCUGUGCUGUUCAGGUCUGACUAGUAUCGAGAAGGAAAUUGUUUCCCAGCUGGAAAAGUUUUCUGGGAUCACAGUAAUAAAGAAUUGGGACCCAAGUGUAACCCAUGUAGUUGCAGCUACAGAUGAUAAUGGUGCUUGCAAAAGAACCCUCAAAUUUUUGAUGGGCGUCCUGGAGGGAAAAUGGAUUUUGAACAUUGAAUGGGUGGGAGCUUGCAUCAAGUCAAUGAAACUUGUUGAUGAACAACCUUAUGAAGUCAAAGUUGACGCUCAUGGAAUCAAGGAUGGCCCUCAUAUUGGAAGAUUAAGAUUUUUAAACAAGGUUACACUGUAGUACUUUUGUACUUCUGUUGAUAUCAUUUUUCCAACCCCUAAUUCUUAAAAUGGUAUCUAGAAAGUGACUGUUGUUUACUGGAACCAACAUUAAGAUUUCAUACAACCUGGUGAGUUUGUAAGUUACAUGGACUUCUCUAGAUUACUUCUUCAGUGCAGGACUUUUCUUGUUGUUUUCGGACUUGUUCGCAGUGCAGAAGUUUUGCCUUAGGUACUUUCUUUAAACCAAUGAAAUGACCUGAGCGUCAAAUCUAACUUGCAGGAACCAAAGCUUUUCAGUGGUUGCAAAUUCUACUUCAUUGGUGAAUUUGAGACUUCUUACAAAGGAUUUCUCACUGAUCUUGUGAUAGCUGCUGGAGGAUCUACACUUAAACGGAAGCCAGCACCGAAAGGUCAAGACUUGUUCACGCCCAACAGCUCUACUGUCUUCGUAGUUUAUAAUGCAGAGCAACCAGAGCAGGAAGAGUCUGGAAGGAGCAAGAGAAGAUCAUUAUUGAAGCAUAGCAUACCUCCUGAUGCAGAGGCCUUAGCUACUUCAAGUGGAGGUGUUGCAGUAUCAAAUGCAUGGCUUUUGAACUCAAUUGCUGGCUGCAAAGUUCAAAAAACUCCAGAAUAAUGACAUGGUGAACUAUGAAACUUCAAAUUUGUACCUUUAUAUUGGUAUCUAUCUAUACCUACAACUUGAUGGAAGUCAGCAGUUCCAUGACUUCACAUGUUAUCUCACAAGAGAAUAAUAUUUAUGGGGAAUCCUUGCAAAGUUUAUAAGUUCAACUCUGAAACUAUUUUCUAGUUAUCAAGGAUUUUAGAGAUUCAGGUGCCGAAAUCAUACUCCCUUUGUCCUGAAAAAGGAAUACUAAUUGUUACUACAUUUUGGUUCAACUAUAAGGCGGCUAGGGACA